UGCCCAUGGUAACAGAUGAUGCAUCAACAUGAGGAAAAUGAGGAACCAAUCAGAAAUUCAGUUCAAAAUCCAGUCAGGGGAGAAUUUGGUUGUUCAGGUUGUGAGUGUGGGUUUUUCCCUCCUUUUACUUUCUGUUCCUUCUGUCUGUCUACAGCCAUAAAGGUUUGUGUUUCUGUGAAGAUGUCGGACCCCGAGACCCAAACCCAGCCACUCAUCGGAGCUGCCAGCCAGCAGACAGCCAUCUAUAUACCAUCAACACAAGGUGGCCGCUCCUCCCGGGCCUAUAAGGUGGCAGGCUUAACCCUGUUGGCCUGUGUCCUGAUUGCGGGCCAGGCGAUGAUCGCCUACUUCCUCCUCAGCCAGAGAAGUGACAUCAAGUCUCUGGAGGAGCAGAGCAACAACCUGAAGGCAGAGCUGACGAAGGGAAGAUCUGAUGCUGUGCAUCCCAUGCGGAUGCACAUACCCAUGAACGCCCCCAAGCUAAUGGAUGACUUUGUGGAUGAGGAGGCUUCCACUGGAGUCCCAGAAAAAACUGCUCCUCCUCAUAUCACUGAGUGCCAGCUGGAGGCCGCUGGUAUGAAGGCUCCGCAGGUGCCAGGUUUCCGCCCCGUCUGUGAUGAGCGCGGCUUCUACCUGACCGAGCAGUGCUAUAUGAAGCACUGCUGGUGUGUGAACCCAGCCAACGGGCAAACAAUCCCUGGAUCACUCCACAAUGGACCGGCCAGUUGCAAUACAUCUGUCACUGGCAGCCUGAGCAAAGUGAUGACUCUGCCUGAUGUCAGUGUCUGAUACUGUGCUGGUAAAAUCUCCUCCAGAAACCAGCAACGGUUCAACUCCAAAGGAUGACUUUGCUACAACUUUGUCAACUUAUAAUCAUCAUAUUUGUAGUGCUUGGUAAGCUAAUGGGGUUUUAUAUACUGCUGCUAAAUUACCAAAUUAUAACCAUUUAUCUGCUUGCUAUCAUCUUAUCAAUUUAUUGCAACUUAUCUGCAACCAAUAUUAUAUGCACAGAGUUGACUUUUGCUAUUGAUUACAUACCAUCUUUCAUUUGGUUUUAUGAUGGAAAGAUUGUAAAGAGCACUGAAUUGAAUAAUAACAGCAUGGACUACGGGGCAAUUAAAUGGAGUGUGGGCAGAUGGUAAUUAUUCAUUAAUUAUUAAUAUAUUUUUUGCAAAGAGUAAAUGUUUGGCAAGAUGUAAAUGAAAACAGGAUCUGUCCACUGCCCCUUUACAUUAUUAUUUUUUUAAUAAACAGUGUGGUCACUUGAAUCUUGAAUGUUUGGCUAACUUAUGGAGAUGAAACUGAUUUAAAAAAUAUCGACAUAUUUGGGAACAAUCAGGAACCAGGAAUACUCCAGUUUUGAGACAACUGUAAACUGUAUUUUCCCCCUUUAUAUGAAAAACACAAAUAAAACUCUUAAAGGCA